AGAUAUUUGUCCUGAAACCAUCGUAAGUACAUUUAAUCUGGUCAAAGAUAAGAUUAAAAUGGCGGUAGUAUUUAUCUUCAUAAACGGAAUAGUACUUCUCAAUGUUUGUCAAUGCGUAGGCCUGUUGUUAGAAGGUGGAACUGUUGAACACAUCCAACUUCAGCAACUGAGGAGAGCUAUUGACAGAAUUGGAAGUACGUAUGUAAGAUGGGGAAGACACGACUGCCCAGCGAUGAACGGCACCAGCCUUGUAUAUUCCGGUAUCGCAGCAGGAGCUCUCUUCUCGACAGUUGGAGGUGGUGUCAACUACUUAUGUUUGCCACACAAUCCGGGUUCUUUCUUGCCAGCAAACGAAAUCCACCCUCAACAACCUUAUCAUCAGGGCUCCAUUUAUGGGGCAGAGUACCAGUUUAACUAUGGCAAUGUACAUUUGGAUGAUGACGUGCCCUGUGCCGUUUGUUAUGUCCCUGCCGCUGUACUCAUGAUUCCUGCCAAAAAUUCCUGUCCAACAAGCUGGCUGCUUCAGUACAGCGGGAUUCUGACAACAAAUAGCGAUGACUUUAAGUCUUCCUCCGAAUUCGUGUGCCUUGACGACAACCCACAAUACAUCGAGGGAACGAGAAGAAAUAAUGACGAUGGGAAAUUGUUCUAUCCUGUUCACGCAAUCUGUGGCUCCCUCCCGUGUCCACCUUACGUCAACAAUACGUACUUACGAUGUUGUGUCUGCUCCAAAUAAAUCUUUUUAUCUCUUCAAA